AUGUCGCCGCCCUUCGAGGACGCUUCUCGCGUGAGCGACAACGCUGCCCCCGCCAGCCCUUCCAGCGGAGAUGCAGUCUCCUAUAAUUCCGCUCGAGACUUGAAGCCAUUGCCAGUCAUGCCGCCAUCAGUCAAUGGCACUCCAAUCCCCCCCGCCUCGUUCCCAAUCGUCGCCAACUCUGAGAAGCACAUUGUCUUGGAGCUGGAGGAUGGCACCCUGUACCAAGGCUACAGCUUUGGCGCUGAGAACAGCGUUGCCGGUGAGCUAGUCUUCCAGACUGGUAUGGUAGGCUAUCCCGAGUCCAUCACCGAUCCUUCAUACCGGGGCCAAAUCCUAGUCAUUACCUUCCCCUUGGUCGGCAACUACGGAGUGCCAUCACGGGAGACCAUGGACGAAGUCCUCAAAGAGCUGCCGAAACAUUUUGAGUCGAGUCAGAUCCACAUUGCAGCUCUUGUAGUCGCUACAUACUCUGGCGAAGACUACUCUCACUUCUUGGCUGAAUCUUCCCUCGGCCAAUGGCUCAAGGAGCAGGGAGUUCCCGCUAUUUACGGCGUUGACACCCGGUCUUUGACCAAACGGAUCCGGGACAAGGGAAGUAUGCUAGGCCGCUUACUGCUUGAAAAGUCCACAGUUCCAAAUGGGGCCGGAGCCAAUGGAAUCUCGUCAGCCAAGUGGCCGUCUCAGUUUGAGCAGGUCGAAUGGGAUGAUCCAAACAAAAAGAAUCUUGUCGCGGAAGUGUCUAUCCAGAAGCCCCGUCUCUUCACACCUCCGGAAUCAGUUUCUCUGAAGCACCCCUCUGGUCGCCCAGUGCGGGUGCUUUGCUUAGACGUCGGUAUGAAAUACAAUCAACUUCGCUGCUUACUUUCACGCGGCGUUGAGGUUUUAGUUGUCCCCUGGGAUUACGAUUUCCACACACUCGCUGGAACAGAAUAUGAUGGCCUUUUCAUUUCCAACGGCCCUGGUGAUCCAGCAACUAUCUCGACCACGGUGCAGAACAUCUCCAAAACUGUCCAAGAAGGCAAGAUACCUAUCUUCGGUAUCUGUCUCGGACACCAACUCCUCGCUAGAGCCGUGGGUGCAAGCACGACUAAAAUGAAAUUUGGUAACCGCGGCCAUAAUAUUCCUUGCACUAGCAUGGUUACCGGAAAGUGUCAUAUUACUUCUCAGAAUCACGGAUACGCCGUUGAUGCCGCCACACUUCCAGAGGGCUGGGAGGAACUGUUUGUAAAUGCCAACGAUGGAAGCAAUGAGGGUAUCCGGCAUGUCAAUCGCCCCUUUUUCAGCGUCCAGUUCCACCCCGAAAGCACUCCCGGUCCUCGUGACACCGAAUUUCUAUUCGAUGUAUUCAUCAGUACCAUCACAACCACGCUAGCUUCUCCUGAAGCCUUGAAACAACCCGUUUCCUUCCCUGGCGGUUCCCGUGCCGAAAACGAAAAGAAGGCACCCCGUGUCUCCGUCAAAAAGGUGCUCGUUUUAGGCAGUGGUGGUCUCAGUAUCGGCCAAGCAGGAGAAUUCGAUUACUCGGGCAGUCAAGCUAUUAAAGCUUUGAAACAAGAAGGCAUUUACACAAUCCUGAUAAAUCCCAAUAUUGCCACUAUUCAGACCUCCAAAGGUCUUGCGGAUAAAGUCUACUUUCUGCCCGUCAAUGCCGACUUUGUACGCAAAGUCAUCAAGCACGAGCGGCCGGAUGCAAUUUAUGUCACUUUCGGCGGUCAGACAGCACUUCAAGUUGGUAUUCAACUUAAAGAUGAAUUCGAGGCACUCGGCGUCAAGGUUUUGGGCACUCCGAUUGAUACCAUUAUUACAACGGAAGAUCGCGAGCUGUUUGCUCGAAGCAUGGAAUCCAUUGGUGAAAAAUGUGCCAAGUCCGCUUCUGCUUCCAACAUUGAUGAGGCUAUGAGAGUUGUUGACAGCAUCGGAUUUCCUGUUAUUGUUCGGGCUGCCUAUGCUCUUGGUGGUCUGGGAAGCGGCUUCGCCGAGGACCCGAUUCAGCUGCGAGAACUUUGUACCAAGGCAUUUGCCGCCAGCCCCCAGGUCUUGAUCGAAAGAAGUAUGAAGGGCUGGAAGGAAAUUGAAUACGAAGUCGUUCGUGAUGCCAGAGACAACUGCAUCACUGUUUGUAACAUGGAAAACUUUGACCCUCUUGGUAUUCACACUGGUGACUCCAUUGUUGUCGCGCCUUCUCAAACCCUUUCAGACGAGGAUUACAACAUGCUACGUACGACCGCCGUUAACGUUAUCCGCCAUUUAGGCGUCGUUGGUGAAUGUAAUAUUCAAUAUGCCCUUAAUCCUUUCUCUAAGGAGUACUGUAUCAUCGAGGUGAACGCUCGACUAUCUCGGUCUUCGGCGCUUGCGUCUAAAGCGACUGGCUAUCCUCUCGCGUUUAUUGCCGCUAAGCUCGGUCUAGGCAUUCCUCUGAAUGAGAUCUCGAACUCCGUUACCAAGGUAACUUGCGCUUGCUUUGAGCCAUCGCUUGACUAUGUCGUUGUCAAGAUUCCUCGUUGGGACUUGAAGAAAUUUACUCGUGUCUCUAAUCAACUUGGUUCCUCUAUGAAGAGUGUGGGCGAGGUCAUGAGCAUUGGAAGAACCUUUGAAGAAGCUAUUCAAAAAGCUAUCAGAUCUAUCGAUUAUCACAACAUGGGAUUCAAUCAGACAAGUGCAUUGAUGUCGAUAGACACUGAGCUCCAGACCCCUUCAGACCAGCGUCUUUUUGCCAUCGCAAAUGCCAUGCAUAAUGGAUACUCUGUCGAUGAUAUCUGGAAGUUGACUCAGAUCGACAAAUGGUUCUUGCGUAAACUCAAAGGCCUGAGCGAUUUUGGCAAGAUGCUUACUAGUCAAUACAAUGCCACUAAUGUACCACUUGGCUUAAUCCGCCAAGCAAAACAGCUCGGGUUUGCCGAUCGUCAAUUAGCGAAGUUCUUGAGCUCAAAUGAACUCGCUAUUAGGCGCAUGCGUGUCGAGGCUGGUCUAAUCCCGGUUGUUAAACAAAUAGACACGGUUGCAGCAGAAUUCCCAGCUUUCACCAACUAUCUUUAUUUGACAUACAAUGGAUCUGAGCACGACAUUUCGUUUGACGACCAUGGUGUCAUGGUACUGGGUUCAGGUGUCUACCGAAUCGGUUCAUCUGUUGAAUUUGACUGGUGCUCUGUCAGGACUAUUCGUACACUUCGUGAACAGGGACAUAAGACUGUCAUGGUCAACUACAACCCCGAGACUGUGAGCACGGAUUAUGACGAGGCAGAUAGAUUGUAUUUUGAGAACAUCAACCUGGAGACCGUCCUGGACAUCUAUCAGCUGGAAUCUUCUAGCGGUGUGAUAAUGUCUAUGGGUGGCCAGACACCAAACAACAUUGCAUUGCCUUUACAUCGUCUCAAUGUUAAGAUUUUGGGAACUUCCCCGGAAAUGAUCGACAACGCCGAAAAUCGCUACAAGUUCUCUCGCAUGCUUGAUCGCAUCGGAGUCGAUCAACCUGCUUGGAAAGAACUGACGAGCAUAGAGGAGGCCACCGCUUUCUGUAACAAAGUUAACUAUCCUGUUCUGGUUCGCCCGUCUUACGUUCUUUCAGGCGCGGCGAUGAAUACUGUCUAUUCGAGAGAUGACCUUGCAAACUACUUGAACCAAGCAGCCGAGGUCUCUAGAGAACACCCAGUCGUCAUCACGAAGUACAUUGAGAACGCAAAGGAGAUUGAGAUGGACGCUGUGGCUCUUAAUGGUGUCAUGGUUGGUCACUUCAUUUCUGAGCACGUUGAGAAUGCUGGUGUUCACUCGGGUGAUGCUACACUCAUUCUCCCCCCGCAAGAUUUGGACCCCGAAACUGUUCGACGCAUUGAAGAUGCUACUCGAAAGAUUGGAAAUGCGCUCAACGUUACCGGACCUUUCAACAUUCAAUUCAUUGCCAAGGACAACGAUAUAAAGGUUAUUGAGUGUAAUGUGCGGGCGUCUCGGUCUUUCCCAUUUGUGUCAAAGGUAAUGGGCGUUGAUUUGAUUGAAAUUGCUACAAAGGCUAUGAUUGGUAUACCCUUCCAAGAAUACCCUCCCACAAGCAUACCCAAAGACUAUGUUGGCGUCAAAGUUCCCCAGUUCUCCUUCUCCCGUCUCUCCGGUGCAGAUCCUGUAUUGGGUGUUGAAAUGGCAUCGACAGGCGAAGUUGCCUGUUUUGGCCGUGAUCGCGCUGAAGCUUACCUCAAGGCUCUAGUUUCAACAGGUUUCCGCCUUCCUAAGAAAAACAUUCUUCUUUCUAUUGGAUCAUUCAAGGAGAAAUUGGAGAUGCUCCCGUCUAUUCAAAAGCUACAUAAGAUGGGUUACAACUUGUUUGCGACUGCGGGUACUGCAGAUUACAUUAAGGAACACGGCAUUCCCGUCAAAUAUCUGGAGCUUCUUGCCGGAGAGGAAGAAGAUCUCAAAUCCGAAUACUCUCUCACCCAGCAUCUGGCUAAUAACCUCAUUGAUUUGUAUAUCAACCUGCCGUCCAGCAACCGAUAUCGCCGUCCGGCAAACUAUAUGAGCAAAGGCUAUAGGACUCGACGCAUGGCAGUCGAUUACCAAACUCCAUUGGUAACUAACGUCAAGAAUGCAAAGAUAUUGAUUGAGGCUCUUGCACGGAAAUUUGACUUGGAAGUUCUCACUAUUGACCACCAGACCAGCCAUCGCACUGUGGUUCUUCCUGGCUUGAUCAAUAUUGCUUCUUUUGUGCCAGGAAUUGUUACCCAAGGCUCCAAAGAUUUUGAACUAGUUAGCAAGGCCUCUGUUGCUUCGGGUUUCACUAUGAUUCGUGUGAUGCCCGUUGGUGUUGACGUUUCUGUGACUGAUGCCGUUGCCCUGAGCGUUGCCCAGCACAACUCCAAGAGCGGAAUAUAUUGCGACUUCAACUUGUCAGUCGCUGCUACGGCUUCCAAUGCGGAGCAAAUUGGACAGGUCAUUGGAGAGGUUGGUGCUUUGUUCAUCCCAUUUAACCAUCUUUCCGGAAAUAUCAACAAAGUUGCUGCGGUCACCAGCCAUUUUGGGGCUUGGCCAGCUAAUAAGCCUAUGAUUACGGACGCGAAAGCGACCGAUCUUGCCUCCAUACUCUUGUUGGCUAGUUUACACAACCGUAAUGUCCACGUCCUGAAUGUCUCGUCCAAGGAGGAUAUCAAUUUGAUCGCUUUGAGCAAAGAGAAGGGCCUCAAAGUCACCUGCGAUGUUUCAAUCUAUAGCCUGUUUCUCAGCCAGCAAGAUUACCCUGACUGCGUUGGUCUACCUACCCUAGAUGACCAGAAAGCUCUAUGGGAACACUUGAGCACGAUUGACGUUUUCUCUAUUGGUACUAUUCCGUAUCAGCUUGCUGGUGAUAUGGCUAGCCCCACGGUUGGUAUUGCUGACGCCUUGCCCCUGCUGCUCACUGCUGUGUCUCAGAACAAAAUGACAAUCGAUGACAUCUCCGAUCGAUUGUAUCACAACCCCAAGAAGAUCUUUGAACUACAUGAUCAGCAUGAUACGUUCGUUGAAGUUGAAGUUGACCGUCCGUAUAUUUUCCAAAGCGGGGAUGUCUGGUCACCGUUCAACGGCAAACCCAUGAGGGGAUCCGUUCACAGGAUUGUUUUCCAAGGCAGGACGUCUUGUCUUGACAGCGAAAUCCAGCCCGAAGCUGCGAGAGGAACUGACAUGUCUGGUCACCGCAUCGCGCCACCAUCACCAUCUGUCAAGGCUUUCUCUCCUAGGGUUCAACCCAAGGUUGACACUUCGAUUAGCCGACGUUUCUCAACUAGCACCCCUGUAAGACAAAGCCGCCCGAGGGUUGGUGAUACAAUGCCUAGUGUGCCUGAUCUUGGACCGCCGCUGUUUACAUCCCCUUCUCAGCUGUCGCCAUCACUGCUCGAACUCCUUUCGCGAUCUACCUUCAAGCAGAAGAAUGUUGUCUCUGUCGACCAAUUUAACCGGGCUGAUCUUCACCUUCUCUUCACGGUGGCUCAAGAAAUGCGCCUUGGAGUUGAGCGACAGGGCGUUCUUGAAAUUCUCAAAGGCCGCGUUCUAUGUACUCUCUUCUACGAACCUUCAACUCGUACCUCGGCAUCCUUUGAUGCUGCUAUGCAACGACUUGGAGGGCGUACGGUGGUCAUCUCGACAGAGCAUUCCUCGACGAAAAAGGGAGAGACUUUACAAGACACAAUCCGCACCCUUGCAUGCUACGGAGACGCGGUAGUCCUCCGCCAUCCAGAUGAAAACAGUGCUCACACUGCGGCUAAGUUCUCUCCCGUUCCAAUAAUUAACGGUGGCAACGGUAGCCGUGAACACCCAACUCAGGCAUUCCUUGACCUUUUCACUAUCCGAGAAGAACUCGGAACAGUCACGGGUCUGACGGUUACCUUCACCGGAGACUUGAGAUAUGGUCGUACCGUGCACUCCCUGAUCAAACUUCUCCAGUUUUAUGAUGUUCGCGUCCAGCUAGUGGCUCCAAAGGCAUUAUCAUUACCUGAAGAGGUCCGCAAAUUGGUCGUUUCUUCAGGUCAAUUGAUUCACGAGGCGCAAGAACUGACACCGGAGAUUGUCGCUCGCUCCGAUGUUUUGUACUGUACACGAGUGCAGAAGGAGCGCUUUGCAGACCUGGAGGAAUACGAGAGACUCAAGAACAGUUUUGUUAUUGACAACUCGGUUUUGAAGCAUGCUAAAAGCCAUAUGGUUGUCAUGCACCCGUUGCCCAGAAAUGCCGAGAUUGGGGAAGAGGUCGACUUUGACCAGAGGGCAGCGUAUUUCCGCCAGAUGCGCUAUGGUCUCUACUGCCGGAUGGCGUUGCUAGCACUUAUUCUAGCACCGUGA